AUGGUUCUUGAACAAUUUUGCAACUCUACGGAGGUUGAAAAGAGACAGGCCACGGAAGAUCAACCCUAUCUAUUCAACCAAACACGUUUCAGACUCUUCAUUAAAAUGCUGUUUGAGGGUGAUCCUAGUCUAGAGUACUUGAACAGUUAUAUGGAGAAAUUGUACAAUCCUUUCAAUGUUGAGUUUGACUUGUUGUCUACCAUAAGAUACGAUCCCAACCUCACGCCUGCUCCUCCUUCUUCUGCCAGUGACAUCACUAGACAGAAUUUCUUUCUUUUUAAGGAACAUUUCCAGAGACUUCUAUUCACGCUCAAAUACUUCCAGAUCCAAAUGCUGGAGGAAGACGAAAAGGAUGCUGGAAAUUUCAGUGUCACUGAAGAUUUCAUUUUGGAACGGCUCAUUGAGUCCAUUGAUAGGUCUCCAUUGUCGGUUACUCAGCCAAUGAAGAUCCGUAUGUUGGUUUCAUUGCAAGGAGAGUUGAAAAUUGAGUUGUACACCACUCCUGAGAGACCCAAUCUACUUGAAGCUGUGAAAAACAGAGAUGGUGUUGAUAUUAAUGCUGGCGAUAUUUGGGAUGUUCGCAUAGACUCUGAGCAAACAUUGAUCUCACCCUUUACGUCAUUUAAAACCACUAACAGGUCUGUGCAUACGGCAGCAAGGAACAGAGGCAUUCCGGGCCUCAAGCCUGGCUUGGAAGAAGUAAUUAUGGUAAACCAAGAAAACAUGGCGAUGGAAGGCUCCAUUACAAAUAUUGCAAUUAAACGAGACGGUGCUUGGGUAACCCCUGACUUGAGCUCGGGAUGCUUGUGUGGGGUCGUGAGGCAUUACUUGCUUCAUGAAAAGUUCUUGAAUGAGGGCAAAAUACACAAACUGGAGCUUUCUCCGGGAACGGAAGUGUUGCUAUUCAAUGGAGUUAUGGGCUUGGUUAGAGGGUACAUUGUCGAUUAA